AUGAGUCAUCAGCUUGUGAAGGUGAUUCUUGCGCUCUCUACAAUAUGCCUUCUUGUAACGUCUGCGGUUUCUCGUCAGGCUGGUGGUGGAGGAGGAGCUCGUGGUGGCGGCGGCGGCACUAUAGGUAGUGGUGGAGCAAAGGGAGGUGGUGUAAGCAGCGGAGGGGAUGCAAAGGGUGGUGGAACAACAACUGGAACUGGUGGCGGAACAAAUAACAGAGGCCGAGGUGUAGACGGUACAGUUGGUGGUGAUGACGGAGGUCCCGCCGGGAUUGCUAAUAGAGGUAGCGGAACCGGCGGUGGAGCUAUCGGAGCACGGCCGGACCUUCUACUGGAAGAGAUCAUUAACAAGAUACGGCCCCUUCCACUGCCAAUUGACGAAGCAACAGAAGACAAGCUGUGUUGGCCUGCUAGCAUGAUAGGUAAUUUUUCUGUUAGUUUAGCCUUCAAUAUCAUUACAUGGAACGCCGAUCAGGAAGGAAACUAG